UGCUUCUCUGGCGCGCAAAUUUCGAUAUUCUUAGCGUUUAACAUUAUCACUAAUAAACGUUAUCUGCAGUAUAAAUUUACAUUGAAUUUGUAUAUCUAUCAUCUAUCAAGUGUGUAGAGCGUUAAAUUCAAUCGACAAUCAUAGGCACAGAAAUUCAAUUUCGUGUCCCGUAUUUAACAUUAAAAGUUUUUUUUAAUCUACAAUGUAUUCCUUGCUUCCUAUUUCAUAUUUUCUAUCUUCUUCUGGCUUAAGAUUUAAAUCUAAAAGAGAUAAAGAAACAAGAAGCAAAGAGCAUAUUGUAAAUUGGGGUUAAUUGUUUGAUGAAUUACAAUCUAUAUAUGUGCCAUUGUAUGCUGAGAAUUCUAAAAUUCAACUAGAAAUAAUAAGAACAUAGUACAUCUAGUGAACAAAUAGCACUAACAGAAUACAACAAAGCCUUAGAAUUGUUGAAAGAAGAUAAGCGAGAGGAAGCACUGGUUAUUUUUAAAGAUCUUUUAGAAACUGAAUUACUGGAUGAAGUAGAAAAGCCAGAAGUACCAGAUGGCAGAUCAAGACCGAUGUUAUCCUUAAAGUAUUCCUGCUUCAAGAACAUUGGUGCUAUUCAAGUGGCUUUUGAGAAUUAUGUGGAAGCUGUGGAAAACUACUGGGAGGCUGCAAACUUGGAUGAUUCCGAUGUAACAUUGUGGUACAGGAUUGGCACAUUAGCCAUGAAAAUUUCUAAUUUAGAAUUAGCUUGCUCAUCUUUUAAGCAAGGUCUGAAGUGUAAUUCGAAUCAUUGGCCAUGCCUAGACAAUUUAAUAACUGCCUUAUAUGCCGUUCCUGAUUACAUGAACUGUCUAUUAUAUAUUUCUAUGGCAUUGGAAAAAGAUCCUAGUUAUGUAAAGGGUUUAGCUUUUCGUGACAAAAUAUUUAAAAACAUCCCAUGUAUGGAAGAAUGUUAUAAGCUGUAUAAUAGUGAUUGGCAAUUAGACCCACCUUUGUAUACCGAAUAUGAUCAUGUAUUGGGUGAUAAAUUAUUAGCGGAGGCAAAGGAGGUUUCUGAAAAAUGGGCAGAAUUUUGUAAAGCUGAAUUCACACCAAAACCAUUGCCAGAAUUAAAUUUAAGAAUGCCUCUAAUAAGCUAUACAUGGUUAGCCCUUGGAGAAAGCUUGUUAGACAUGCAUAGGUAUGUUACUGAAAACAAUUUGAACUUUGUUAGUCGAAUUAUAUUAUUGGUUCAAAAACCCGAUGACAAGAAUGCAGUGGCAAGUAAUGAGUGUGAAGCUGAAGAAAGUAAUGCUAUGGAGGUGGAACAAGAGAAUUUACAUGAUUCAAUUCCAAACGGAGAUAAUGAUAUUGGCAAGUCUGUUAAGAUGGAAGCGGAGGAUUGUACUUUUGAGAUGUCUGAUGACAAUCAAGCCUUCAAUACAGCUUCAGAUACUGCGAUGGAAGUUGAAACCGAAGACGACAAGAAAUCUUGCUCAACUGAUGUACAGAUAAUCGAAGAUGAAGAUCCAUUGAGAAUGUCUGACACGGACGGUUUACAAUUUGAAGAACAAAGUCAAACCAAAAACAUAGAUUCGGAGGAACAGAUGCAGUACGAAGUAGAUGCUAAUACCGACAAGCUAGAGAGCGACAAAGUUACAGAUGACGUUUAUAGCACGGAUAACGGGGCGCCUAAUGAAAAAUCCAGCGACAAGGAAAGCGACAAAUCGAGUGACAAAGCUUCUGAGAAAGGUGUCGAGAAAGCAAAUGACGCGCUGAAUAAAGCGGACGAUAAGGUUCAUUCUGAAAAGAUCGAUGGAAAGGAAGAGGGACAAAAGGUGAAAAAGAGGCGUAGAAGUGCAUUGUGUUUCUUGCAACAGUGGGCUUGGAGUUGCAGUAGCAUGAGACGAUCCGCGAGAGUAAGAGGUACGAACAGGAGGGAAGCAGAGAGGGAUGACGUUCAGUUGGAAGAAACACUCAGAAGACUAUUUCCCAGCACUUUAUUGCCGGAUACGGUAAGGUUGACUAAGGACGAUGUUACUAAAAAUAUUGAUGAUUCUAUGGAUACUAUGGAUAUGUAUCAGUUAUUCGCAAAUCAAGAGAAUAAUGGCAGCAACAACAUAGAAGCCCUCAAAAGUUCGGAAAGCUCUAAAUCGCCAAGCCCUGACGCAAAUCAACAGCAAAAAUAUUUUGAGACAGAAGCAGAAAUUGCCGAUGUGGACGCAUUUAUAAAUCAGCAUAGCAAUAAAAGUAACCUAAUGAUAAUCAUCGCGAAAUACGCAGAGUUUCUAUGCACCAAGUGGAAUCAGGAAUGGCCGAAAGGAAUGUCGGAAAUUUACUUACAGGCAUAUCCUUUUAUGAGACAACAUAUCCCACACUUGUCGCCGUUUGAGGAGAAUAUUGACGAAAAAAUAUUGAAGUUAGAUACUGAAAUGACAUUAUUAUUUGGUGAACUUCAUACAGACAGAUGGCUAGAUAAUAAACCAGAUACUCUAUCAGGUUCAACGUUGGAUAAGCUUGGUACUGGACUGCCAGCGGAAGAAUUGGGACAUAUAAUAUUCACAAGUGUUAGACAAGAUCUCUUGAAUGAAGAAAAUAUUUACAUUUUACUGAGGAUCUUAUGGCUCAAAGCUAAUAUCUUCUUGUGCCAAGGUGAUUUUGAUGUCGUCAUAGAGACAUUAGAAUUGUUGUUAAGUCGCCUGCAAGUAAUCGAAAGCAAGAAACCAAAUGCUUGUAUCACUCUUUCAAACUGUAAGAAUAACUCUCAAAUUAGCACGAAGCUUGUAAAGAAGAAACUUACGUCGAUUCAAAGAGGUCAAAAGUUGGGCGAAAUCCAGCGUCUGUAUGACGAGAAGAAAUAUGCAGAGCUCUCUUACAUACUGCAAGAUACUUUUAAAUUUGCCAAACAAAGACACAAGUUGUUAAUAACGAAUGAGAACAUUGUCGAUAGGGUUCGACAACUAACCAUGUUACUCGAUAGUUUAUGGCAACUUGAACAGUAUGAGGAAUGUUACGUUUGGGCAGAAGCUUGUCUCAAUGAAUCGUGGCAAAACUAUCUAAAUUCUUCCAACGAAGCUGAACAGAAGAAGUGGACGAGUUCUGUUCUGAUGGCACUCGAAAAAUUAGAAACCUGUACAAUCGAAGUUAGCGUAUUUGCCGUAAAAUAUCUGCCGGAGUCUCGUUUGUCGAGAUUGGUUCAAAAUCUAGUUCAUAUCGUUUGUCAUCAAUUGGAUGUACCAGAGAACGCUGUAGAAAUGCCACUUGAAACUGUGUUACCUUGGAUCCUGUUGCAUUAUAUUCUACAAUAUGAGGAAGACAAGGAGAGAGCAAAGGCUGAAUCCCCUUAUAAAAAUAAGAUGCACGGCUCUCAUCAUUCCGAGUCGGAUGAUGAGGAUGAGGGCAUCCCACCGUCCAUAAUGAUUCUGUUCACUGCCCAUGAAUUUAUCGGUAGACACUCGUGGUGUUGUUUCAACGAGGCGAAAUUAUUGUUCUUCACCAUGAAUUUAAUCAUACCGCAACUCGAGACUCCGCAGUAUGCUUCUAUCAAGAAUAGACUCACGAAACAUCUCGAGCAGAUAUUCUUCUGUUUGUACGGCCAUCCCAACAGGAUGAACAAGGUGCGACCGAAACAUCUUCAAGAUCACGUGGUGCCGCAGAUGGAAUUAACUUGGGAUGGAGCGCAAUUGCUAUUCGAUUUUUAUAAGCCAAAACAGCUGCCCAAUUUUCAAUCUCCCAGAAUUCUCUCUAUCAGCAUGGACACGGAGAUAUUAUUUAAGAGGAUAAUUAGACUAGUUCCGCAAGAGAGCGACCCGAAUCAAAUAGUAGAGGACGUCACGGCCUACAUAAUCGGUGCCAAGGAGAAGAUGCCGAGCGUGAUGAAACCGUUGCCGCACGCGAUAUCUACCAUUUACUACUUGUUAGGCGACUUCUAUUUCAAGAAUAACAAGUGGGAACAUGCCUGCCGUUACUAUCUUCUGGAUCUGUGCUUAUAUCCGAGGGGAUUAAAUUCGUGGGCAGGUUUAGCUAUGGCAACGGGCAGUAUAAUCGAGAAUUGGCUAAAUAAUUACAGACCUAUAGGGAAGGAUAAAUUUCUCAAUAAAGCGAAGAUGGCACAGUCGAGUUAUCAUCACGCUAUCGAGCUAGCACCAGGACAUUCUGUGAUCUGGACAGAGUACGGGAACUUUGUUUAUAUGGUUCAUUCGUUCUGUUCGCGACUGCUCAAACAAGAGACCGAUACCUUGAGUAUGGAGAGAUUUGAAAUUUUGGAGACCAGAAAGGAGGAGAUGCUGGAUAUCGCGGAUCAAUGUUUCGAAUCAGCUAAUCGAAUAUGUCAGACUAUCGACGAGCCAUCUAUUCAUCAUGACGAGAGAUGGCUUUAUCAAUAUAUGCUCGGUAAAGUCGCGGAAAAGAAGAAUGAGGAUCCUCCUGUAUUUUUAGAACAUUAUGCAAAGGCUAGUGAAUUAUUAUACGAGAACAAUGCCCAAUAUCCACGUAGAAUAAGUCACAAGAGUCCGCAGAAUCUAUCUAUAGAGGCGCUAGAGGUUCACUAUCGUAUCCACGCUAGUAUACUGAAGUAUUUAGAGCAACACGAGGGGAAGCCGUUGAAGAAAUCUUUGGGCCAAUUAUUCCACUGGCAUCUCAAAAAUUGCUCUGAUGGACCCUUUAUGAAGUAUCAGUCUAAACUCAACGAGAAGAAAAAAGAGGAGUGCUCCGAUGCGGAGAAAACCACUUCGAAGGAAUCUGAUAGCGUGAUAGACGUCGAUAAAAACGUGGCAGCAGUAUGCCAACGCUCAAGUAGUAUCGAGGAAAUAGAAAUCGUAGAUAAAUCAAAUAAGACCCUUGAUGUUAAGUGUAUAGAGCCAAGUAAGUCCGAAGGUCGCAAGAGGUAUCCCGAGGAAUCAUCACACGACAAUACGAAGAGAAUAAAAUUAGGUAGCGUUUCGCACCUGCAACUGAUGCAAGACGUAGUAGCGUUGAUAGAUGACUUAAUUACAAAAGUUUGCGAUAUGGUGUCGCAAAAAGAGAAAACAAGUGACGAAGUGAUGAUUCUGUCUAGCGACGAAAGUAACGAACCCAGGUUGCAAAAGAAGAAGCUGGAGAACAAAAACGCCGAUAAAAUGAAACCGCAGACAAGAACAGAAGAGAACAAGAAAAGUUCACCGAAUGUACUGGCAGUUGAUUCCGAUCGAAAGACUGACAAUCCACAGGAUAUCAUGGACGCUCUCAUGAAGCAGGCGAUGGAAAUUAGCCAAGAAACUCAACAAUCCUCGUUAGAUGACGAGGAUACCAGAAAAUUUGAUGGCAAAUGGCUACAGAACGAAGACUUGCAGCCUACUGAAAAAGAUGGUAAAGAGAAAGUAGGUGAUAAAAGAAAAAUGCAAGGUAACACAAACGAAGAGAUCACUCUGAGUAGAAGAGGCUCGCAGGAAAGCACCACGACUACACAAACCACAACCACAACUACGGAGACUAAUAAUUCCAGUUCCAGUAGCAGCGAGGAGUCCAGCAGUAGCGACGAUAGCUCCGACAGUGAUAGUUCCAGCGACAGUGACAGCGAGUCUGCCGAAAGUGACGCAGAAAAGAAGAAAAAGGAUUCGAACAUUAUAGAAAACGAGGAACAAAUGCCGGAAGAGGAAGUAAUAACAUUAAUCGCAUAUUGUUUGGCUGGUCUGGAACAGUGUAUAUUGAGAUUCACGGAACAUCACAAGUCGUUCUAUAGAUUGGCACACUUCUUUUUUAAUAACAAAAAGUCGAAGAAUAUUGCGAGAUGCAAGGAUCUUUUACUAGGAACAUACAAUUGUCAGUUCUUCCCUGGACAAACCUUUCAAGGACUUUUUGCAGAUAGAAAAAGCACCAACUUUUUUAAUGGUGUGUGGCAUAUACCAAUCAACGAAAUCGAUCGACCUGGAAGUUUUGCCUCACAUAUGUCGAAAUGCGUGACGUUGCUUAUGCAAGUAUUAAAAGAGACCAACGAUAGUCGAAUGUUAAUGCAAUUGUGUAUACAGCUUGGAAAAAUACCGGAUUCAGACAAAAAAUACUUACGUGACUCCGAGAGAGAACAAUUAUCACGCCAAGCUUUGACACUCUGCCAACAAUCACUUAGAAGUAGAGUUCAAGCGAUGGGUUCGGCAAGCACUAUUGAUAGUGUCCACCUUAUCAGAACUGACGCUAGAACACAAGUACUACUUGAUGUGUACGAGACAUAUCAACUUGUGCAGAAAAAUUUUCAGGGUAAAGAUUCGACUAUACAGGCAUUUGCAACGUUAUUAACAGACACGUACAAAAUGUACAUAGGAAAUAAAAACCUAGAAGGUAAUACCUUGGAUAUUGCCAUCAAAUGUUGCCAGCGUCAAAUACAAGCGAACAAAAUCGCGUCGAUCAACAAUAGCACUACCGUUCACGUACAGCCCCAAGCUGCUCCCACAGUCUCGGCACCGCCGCCGCAAGUACAAACAAACUCUACGUCUCCACAAUCUUCACAAAAUUCUCGCAAACCACAUAGAAAUUUAACGUCUACUGGUCGACCAAGGGGACGCCCGCCUAAUGUCAAUAAAUAUUUACAACCCAUACAGCAGGGCAGCAAUUUGAUGAAUCAAUUCAGUUCCAAGAGCAGCUACGCGAGUUAUAUGGGCACGUCUGGGCCAAAUCGUUCCAUGAUGAACCCUUACUACAUGAGUCCACUAGUCGAUCCGACCGUAUUAUCGGCCCUGUUGGCCAGCAAUAUAAUGGACCCCUUGUCAGCGAUGAGCUACUUGAAUCAAAUGGGAAGUUACCAAGACAUUCUCAGGCAAUAUCAGAGUAAUUUGUCAUCGCUGACCAAUCUUACUGGUGGCUUGAACAAUCCCGGUACAACUAUGACCGGUAUCAGCAAUGCCUCCACAAUGAGUACGACUAGCUCCAGUAUUAAUACUCCCAGUAUCACUACCAACAUCAGUAACUUGAGUAAUCUGAACAACAUGACGGUGCAACAAUUGCUGAGCAUGACUAAUUCUACGGCAUCGACCUCGCGAUCGGCGCCUAUGUACCAUCAAACAACGACUAAGACCAGCACGACUAUGUCGAUGACGAAGGACAGGCCCAGCAUAUCCAUUACGCCGGUGACCACGUCGCUUACUCAACAACCUCAUAAGACAAAGCCCAGCAGCAAACAGCCGAGCACGCAGAGCGACCCAUUACCUGUUCACAUUCCCAAGUCACUUCAGAUAUCGCCGACGAAGCCUAUAUUACAUUCGCCCAACACGGCGCAAGUAUCUCUGCUCAAGCCAUCCGUCAUUCAACAGGUGAAGACUAGUCCGCCGAAGCAAGUGAGCGCCCCACAGAUUCGCGUCUCGAAAUCGCUUAUCGAGCCACAACCCGCACACAACUCCUCGCUGUCGCACUCACCCCUGAAGAGUAGCGGUAGCAGCAACGUGACGAAUUCGGCAACUGUGCCGCAAGUCGCUCAUAGUGCUGGCGCCAUGGCCGCACCCGUAGUUAUGAAGAGUCAAGGUCUACCCAUGAAUUUACCUGCCUCACGUACCGGCACAUCGUUGCAGCACAAGUUACUGUCGAAAAAGAACUCCCAACGACAGUAUCCACAAACGAGCAUACAAAGCCUGAUGAGGAAGACGAAGGCCGCUAGCAAAGCGAUGCCCGUGCUACCUGGCAAUUUUCCCAGUCUGCUAAAUGCGAUGCCGCCGGUGAGUUCUGCGAUGUCGCAACCGCCUUUUAUACCACCGGAAUUGAGUGGCAUCUCCGUGAGCACCGUGACGCAGCCGUCUAGUAUGAAGACCACCAAAUAUCAUAGUUACAAAAAAUCGAACGUCAAGUCGAAAACAACAGCGGCGACGACAGGGGCAGCGACAUCGGUGGAUGUGCCGAGCUCAUUGCCGACUCCCUUCUCCCAGGGAAACUCAGUCGAAGCGCUCUCGAUGUUGUCGCAGUUACAACAACAUUCACACUUGGAAAUAAUACCACAGCAAAAGGCGCCUUUAAAGUCGAACAUAGAUUACUCCAAGAGUCUCUCCUCUUCAAUGACGAUGGUGCCGCAAAAGGUCCCGUCGUCGGAGACACUGAGGUCUUCGGCGACGACCGAGUGCAUGCCUAUAUACGAUGUGCCGAGAGGAAAACCACCUGCCACCAUCUCAGUUAAGAAGGCGGACAAACUCGCCAGCGACAGUGUCGAGAUUAUAACGUUGGACGAUUAAUUAAUCGAUUCACAUUCUAACAUUCAUGUGGCGGCUGGAUAUUAUCCUGCAUUCGUAUAUCGUUUACAGCGCUUGUUUCACAUAAAGGUGUGUGUGUAUUCUAUUUUUCAAGAAAAAAAGAAAAAACCACGAAGCCGAUUGGCUCAAUGACAUUGUAUCGCUAAUUGAUUUCUUGAAUUAGAAUGGCAAGUCAAGUCGAUACGCGUUAACGUGUAUUCUUAACAUAUGUCGCACAUGUUUUGUAUAAGAUCCUAUCAUCCAACUGUCGAAUAGGGAUGUAAAAACUGGUUGCGUACGUCCAGUAUUCCAGCGCAACGAGUUGAUGUGACUACUGAAUACAAUUGUUUUACAUUUUUAGUCUAAUACUAAAAGACUAAAUUAUUGCGCGCGAAAGUAUUUUACUUUUCUGUAAAUAUAAACUUUGUAUACUUCCUUACUAUAAAAAAAUUCUUUCGGUAGCGAUACAAGGUGAACGUUCGACCGUUCGAACUAUCCGACGUUCCAGAUUUGAUUAUGUCUAAGUACAUUUAUCAACUUAUUUUCAUUGGAGGAGUAUAAGUAUAUGAAUUUUAGAAAAACAAAUUUACAUGUAUCAUAGACAGAAAAGGACACACAGUGUUUAAUAUUUACAAUUUAGUGAUAAGAGUUAUAAUAUUAUUAUCAAAAUAUUCAGUUUGCAUGAUCAAGAUGUUUAAUAUUCAUUAUAUAAAUAUCGACAAAUAUGAGAAAACCUUUACGUUAUUCAGUUACGAAGUUUCGAUUACGCGCACAUUUUUUAUUAAAAAAAAAUAUGUUUAAAUUAAUUUACAAUAUGCCCCAUAAAUAUAAAUGAGCUAUGCAUUGUUUUCUCAAUGAUUCUACGAAAACAUUUUCGCAUAAGGAGACAUUAUUUUUCUACCGCACACACUUGGUAACCGAAAUAAGAAUGGAAUUUUCAUCUAAAGGUACAAUAACCGAGUGUAAGUAGCAGUCAGUAGAUGGUAAUUUUUGUAAAGACAAUUUGUAACUCAUCUCUUACAUAAAAGGAACAUCUAAAGCUAGAA